AUGUAGCGCUUUCCUCGUGUCAAGAUUUGUGCAAAGUACAAAUAUAUUUCUUUUUUUAUCUUUUCUUUUUAUUCCAUGCAUUAAACCAUGUGGGAAGUUGUGGAUCCUUCAUCUCGUGCUGUUGAACUAGGCGCAGAAGACGAAGAGGAAGAGAAGUGCGUGUGUCAAAGCAAAUCUUCGAAGCCUGUAUUACGGCUAUCAAAUGAGGUUCAAGAUUGUGAUAAAAAAGUAUCGUGUCAGCUGUUGGUUUUAGCAUUUGAAAGGAUUCCUACAUCAUUUAUACAAGCACAUUUUAUGAACAGUGAUACUCGGAUAGUUGGAGUGGUCUCAAGUGGAAAAGAAAGAUGUCAUGUUAAUAACAGUUUGCUGCAGACAGCAAGUUCAGACAAGACUUGUUUCAUUCAUUCUACAACUGGACCUAACAAAGUUUUAUUUUGUCAAUGUAAAGUUGACAUCCUUCCAGAAGCAUGUCAUAACUGGGCGAAUGAGGUAUUAUCAAAAAUAAAACCAGAAAAGGUUUUGAUUUUGUCAUCAUUACCUGCAUCAGUUUGCUCAUUAAAUAUUGAUGUUAAUGGUGAUCAGAUCUUUGCAUUGAAAACUGACAGUUGGGAAUCAAACAUCUGUUGUCAGUUUUUACCAUUACCAAAUAUUGUUUCAAAUCUUCCAGCUGCUGCUUUAAGCUACUGUCAAAUAUUCAAAAUACCUGCAUUGGCAUAUAUCGCUGUUACUACAACUGACAGUGUUGCUGACUCAACAGCUAUUGAGAUCUUCAAUACGUUACUCAAACAUGAACCUCUGAAAGAUCUUCCCAAGUGCUCAAAACUUGAAACGGCUGAGUUCUUGAAAUCAUUGAAGAUCACACCUCCACAUUUACAAAGCAAUAUCUAUAUUUGACUACACAGAAUGUGUAGCUUACUCAAAGUAUGAAAAAAACGGUGAACUUUCUGAAGAUUUGUGAAGAAUAAAUCUCUUAAAAUACUUACUGUAAAUUUGCAGAUGAUAAAAAUGAAGAAAGUGUUCAAAUGUUGCCUUCUCUUGCUCAAGUUUAGAGAUAUUAAGAAAAAGGUUAGAUAUUAGAAAGAUAUUAGAACCUACAUAUUAUUAUUUUCCUAAAUUACUUGAGUAAAUACAAGACAAUAGCAUGACACUCAGAU